ACUGCCACCUCGCUGCAAUAUCCGUGAUCAUGGCGUUUACAUUAAAUUGCUCCGCUGAAAGUUUCCCGGUGGUAAAAACUUGUAAAUAAUUGUAAGUUUUUUUUAAUUCAAACCACACGUUAUAAGUUGCUUUGGAGAAAAAUGUGAGCUAAACAUAUAACAUUUUUUAAAAUAAGAUUUUGUACUGAUGCAGGCAAAAAAUACUUAGACGCUGAAACUGUGUCACACACUGAACUCAUCUAUAAUGAAUUUAGCGCCACUCUGAGCGGCGCUACACUCUGUUUACCAGGGUACGUACUGUACUGUACUGUACAUUUAUUUUACAAUGUUACGCCUCCUACAGGGCAUUUAUUCCCCGUUUUGAGACACAGCCUCAGCAGUUGCUCUAAGGGCAGAGGGCUCCACCUUCAAGGUCAUUCUUCUCUUGCUGGAUAAAUCAGAGCUUUUCACACUUUAUUAAUGUAUGUAAUUAUUAAUUCAGCAGAGUGACGGUUUUCUGUUACGGUGCUUUCCUUAUCGUCUCACAUUCCUGCAGUCUCAGCAACGAACAUGAGCUUCCGAGCGUUUAACCUCGCCUAACUCUGAAAUGCGUCACCAUCGAUUUGAUCCGAACUUGAGCACAAUGUCACCUGCCAGACCCACUACAGUCUAUCUGCAUUUUGGAAAUGAGCUCCUGAUUCGCCGCUUAUUUCUGGACUGAACUGCGAGGAAAAUUACUGUUGUUAUUUUGGAAUUGAAUUCAGUUAAACUUCAGGGCUUCUCUUUGUUUCUUUAGUUACAGUUGGACUAUGUCAUAAACCUCACAUUGUACCCCUAUUAGUGUGUGCGCAUCAUGGCAUCAGGACAUGGCUAUGUGUGUAUGUGUGAACUGAGAUUUAUUCCAACAGUGUGUCUUUGGAAUGUGGGAGGAAACCAGAGCACCCGGAGGAAACCCACGCAGACACGGGGAGAAUAUGUAAACCCCACGCGGACUGUGCCGGGACCGUCGUGCCAGGAAUAGAGAACCGGUCCUCCUACACCUGAAAUCUCUGGGUCCCCGGGAGGUGCUGGGGGACCUCGUUCCAUGGCAGAACAUUGAAAUAGACCUUCGAGGCUGAGCGGCCGCGAGCGCCGGGAUUCUUGGGGGAAGUGCGACGCUCCCCGUGUUUUGAGAAUGUAACAGUGGGCAGCUGGUGUCGCCCCAGGAUCUAUUCACAGCUCCCAGCUCCAAACAGCUGCUUUGGAUCAAAGGAAGGUCUCUUUUUCCAUUCUUCUUCAAAGUCCGUCUUCCUUCCAGCAAUGCCAGCCAAGACUCCCAUCUAUCUGAAAUCAACCAACAGCAGGAAGGGAAAGAAAUGCCGGCUGAGGGACAUCCUGUCCCCCGACAUGAUCAGCCCGCCGCUGGGGGACUUCCGCCACACCAUCCAUAUUGGCAAAGGUGGGGAACGGGACGCUUUCGGCGACAUGUCCUUCCUCCAGGGGAAGUACGACCUCCUCCCGGGGACGCAAGAGAAGCGCCUCCCUCAGUGCGUGGCCCACAACGAGUUCCUGAGGGCCCACAGCACCUCCGAGGCCCCCUCAUUUGAGGCGUCUUCCCCGGUGCUGAAAAACGCCAUCUCCCUCCCCGCCAUCGGAGGUUCCCAGGCCCUGACCCUGCCCAUCAUCUCCACGACGCCCUUCCCUCCAAACUCGGACCCCUUUGACCGCACGGACCCGCCUGCUCCCAGCCUCCUGGAGAAGGACAGCGAGCUGGAACGUCUGGAACAGGACAUGUUGCUGUUGUCGCUGGACGUCUUCAGCGCCAGCUUCGAUCCGUCCAAGGAGGCCGCGAACCAAUCCGGCUUCUGGCUCGACACUGUAGAAGUGCCAGGGGGCGGCGCAAAGAAGAAGCUGUCUGAAAAUGGCCAAGUUCAGCCCCGCCAGAAUGGCUUCAAAGUCACAGAGCCAAACCACAGCAAUGGCAACGGCACCGUGCACCAAGCCACACAACUAUGUGCGCAUCGCACUCCUUGGCUGCACGGCGAGAGCGCCGAGGAGGACCAGAUUAGCACCUUCAAGUAUGAACUUCCUAAGGGAGACAGCGCCUCGCAGGAUUCCCUUUCCAAGGCUUCUGGCUCUUUGCUGUCCCUCGAACUCGACUUAGGACCCUCCAUCUUGGACGAAGUACUGAACGUAAUGGAUGGCACAAAAACUGAGAUCAAGCUAUGACUGCAUCUGAGCGAAGAAGAAGGAAAAGUAGGGAGACGAAAGCAAUAUUACGGUGAAGUGCAGCGUACGAAAAGCCCGAAAGGCGAGAUCCGCAGCGUACAGACCGCAUGAGAUGAAGAACUAAAAGUAGAGCUACACUGAUUUCUUUAGACGAGGCAUCUAUCUUAGCUUUGAUGGUGUCUUUCACUUUUAGUUUACCUUCCUGCCAUGAGAAAGGUACGCAGCCUGCGUGUGUUCGACGACACCGCUUUUCGCGCCUUAUCGAGCCUUUACUUUUUUCGAUGACGUGUAUGAAACCCUUAGCGUACUCAAAACCUUUUACGGUGUUAGAACUUCAUCGUGGUACUGCUACGGACUUGUAUGGACGAUUUCAUGCUUUGACUCUAGUGACACAGUUUGUAGCCUUGCUACGUUUCGAUAACUAUGCUUCUGUGUGUACGUCUGUUUUUUAGAGGCGAAAACCGUCUGCGUAGCUGAAAACGAGUACUUGCAUCAAAGAAUUUCUUUUCUUAUUUAUAAAACCCAUGUUGCUACCAAAUGGAACAAUAUUGCCAUACACAGUUUUUAUUAUACCAGUAUAAUAAAGAGUUUUUUUUAUAAUCUUCUCCUUUAGGUUUCAUUAUAUUUGAGCACCGUUCCUGCGCAAUCCUGGGCGUCUUUUCCCGAUGGGCUUCGCUUACGAGCUAAUUCAACAGAUGGAAAAAUAACGUUAAGAAAUGCUGAAGUCGUUUGCAUUGCCUUUUUGCACGUACAGUAAGUUCUUCGGUGUUCCUGCCGCUGAUGUUUUGGAUGUUUUUUUAAGAUCGGGCAAAUUCCCAAGAUUUCUCCGAGAGGGAGACGGAGGAGGCAGGGAGCAUGAGCCGGGGGGCCGAGGGAGUUUCGCCUUCCUCUGACAUUCCUCGCAUUCCCAUGCGCUACCCUCAGCGGUGGAGCCGCGCCGGGCCGGCCUGUGGCGCUCCCGCAAAAGGUGCUUACUUUGCUGGUCUGCGCGCGAACGACAUUGUUCAAGGGGACGGAGGUACGAUCUCUCCCGGUGGGGGUCCUUAAAAUUCCCAACAUUCUUAUGCACAAGCACAAC